AUGUGCUGCGCCACCGAAAACAUUAAACCGCCUGAACUCCCAGGACCACCGGAAUCCCAUCCACAUCAAAUCCGUACAUUGUUUGCAAUCAUAUUGACCGCCUGCUCCCCUUCAUCUCACCAGAUUUACGUGCACAUGGCUGAGGACAUCUUCCGUCGACUACGCAAGGAAAACUCAAAUGUGGAUUUCACAGCAGAAAUCUACAACGAGGCGCUACUAGUGAUUGAGGAUGUGCGCGUAGAAAGUGCGAAUAAAGUUCAUAAUCAACUGGAAAUGUCACCGCCAAACCAAACUGCUCCUGAUUCGCCAGAUGUGAAUUUGCACCGAGAGCAAAACCACAACACGGUUGAACUUCCCUCAAACCCGCAAUCCAACAUUCCUAAGCUAACACUGGAGCAGAAUGGCAUUUACAAUACGAUAAUGCGGAACGUCAAUAAUGCGCUUGGAGGAGUCUUCUUCCUGGAUGCGCUGGAGGGACUGGCAAAACGUUCCUAA